AUGGCUCAUAUUACUCAACCAUUUAGACUGGCUUCUUUACCGAAGAUAUCAUCUCUCAAUAAUUAUGCUACACAACCAAGUUACCUACAAGUUGCUAAUACUCUUACUCCGUCCGCUAAUACAAUUACCAUUGGUAUUUCAGCUAGUAGCAUUUCACAAUAUACUAUUAAUCCAACUCCAAAAUUAAUUUAUAACCUGCCAAUUCCUUCUACGAAUGUAGCCACGGCUUGUACCGUGGCUGAACUUAACGAUGGUGAAGAACUAUGGUGUUUUGCCUUAUUGGCAAAUAAUAAGGUAAGUACCCUGAACGUGCUUAAGAAGCAGGCUCCUACAACCGAUGCUAGCAUAUUAAAUGCAGCUGCUGAUACCGAAAAGGAACCUUUAAAGCUUGUAAUGGACGAUAAGGUUGUAAAUAUUAAGGUGCUCUCAUCUCCUCAAAGAAUUAUAGUUAUAUUGGAGUCAGGGCUUAUUCAAACCUAUGACUACGAGCUAAAACUUCUACAUUCUUUGGAUAUUUCAUAUAAAAAUGUGAGGUUUGUGGAGUACUUUAAGAGUACUCUAGACAAUGAAGACUACAUGUUAGUACUCUGUGAUCUUGAAGACAAGAAAGCAUGCUAUAAAAUCUUUAAAAUGCCAAACGCUUCUACUAAUACACCCAUUUCUGAAUUAAACUCUAUAAUACUGGAGGAGUUCUCAGUACAGGAGUCUAAGAUCAUAUACCAGUUCGGUAAGAUUUAUAGGUUGUCAGGAAACAAGGUUUACGUCUACAACCUCCCACAUCUGCAAUUAUCCCACAGCGUCGAACUGCCAUUUGUAAACAUUGAAGACCUAACUUCCCUACAACCUGUGUCCACCAAUAGAGUACUUUUCACCAAUGGAAAUAAGAUAAUGUUGCUGGAUCUUCUACACAAUGCCUUACUCUACGAAAGAGAGUUGACGAACGUUAAAACUUUCCAAGUUUUGCGCACAGCAGUUAUUAGAGGAAACCUAGAGGAUAACAAUACGACGAUUGCGGUCGGUGUUGCAACUAAACAUGGCCCCAACCCAAUAAGUUCCCUAGAGAUUGUCACGGUCGAUGUUGGCACUGGUUCAUUAAAGGACUCUCUGGGGAAAGGAUUUCUUGUCGAGGAUAAUGCCAAUCUUCAGACCCUACAGCCAUUAUUGAACGAAGAUUACGAUGAAGAAACAACUCAUGAAACCCCUGAUUUCGACGCUAUAAUUGAGGAACUGAAAACUAAAUCUUCUUCCACUAAGUCUUUUGAUCAGAUAUUCAAGAAGAGGUUAAACCUUAAAAACGACUACUACACGGAAAGUGAUAGACACAUAAACAACCCCAACUUUAUCAGUUCGGUCCUUGAAAUUAUCUUUUCAUCAUACAAAAAAGAUUAUCCAGAAACGCUGACCUACCUCUUGACGCACCCUCUAUUCCCCGCAUCGCGCACUGUAGACCUAUUAUCCAGGCUAAAGUCUAAUCCACGUUUAUUUAAACAAGCUAUCGUGACAUGCCCAAACUUGCCCCUGAAGGAACUCCUACAGGAACUAUUUACUGUUCUAAACGAAGAACUGUCAGUAGAUUUGUCGCUAAGGAUUCUUCAAGACUUCACAAAAGAAGAGGUUAAGCGGGGCAUCAAGCAGAUGAGUAAGGUCGACAUGAACACAUUCAUCGACUUCAUGACCAAUGAAACUCAAGAUUUUGAAGAUAGAAAUAAAAGCAAGGCUCAGCUGUUCCUACUUUUAAGCCUGGUAAUAGAAUCCGUCGGGCUUUUUGGAUUAGAGCCGGAGCAAUUGAAUAAGCUAGCUACCUACAUUGAUUCGCAGGUAGCUUGGGUAGAUCAAACCAUUGAGCUGCUGCAUAUACUAGAAAUCAAUUGCUCUAACACUAGAAAAUGGAAGUCAAAAGGAGCUUCGAGCAAGUCUGGCCAUGAAGAUGAUCAGGAGAAGGCUAUUCCAUUAUAUAGUCUGGAAUAUUUAGGCAACUAG